CGCAGCUUGUAAAAGACACCAUCUACUUCUAUCCAGCCAUAACUUCGUUGACACCUCAUCAUCCCCUGUCAAUCCUUUGCGCUGUCUAGUUUUCAUCCACGCCUCCCUACCUUCUUCUUCGGACUAUCCUUGUUGAUAGACGUCUUCACUCAACCCGCAGACCUCCAUAUCCCGCACCUCUUCCUCUAAUCCUUCCUCCAAUACAACAAUGGCGUCUGCCAGACCAUCCUCCCCCUUGACCUCAGGACCAGAAUCAGGAGCCGAUUCCACGCCCUCAGCACAGAAAUCGAGCGGAUCUUCGAUUGCACGUGCAGGCUCACCACCCGGAGGACCUCGCUCUGCCAUCCGCCGACGCGCUGCCGCUGAUCACAAGGAGUCUGUCAAAAAUGCCCGACCAACUUCAACACGCGCCGCAGGAGCAGGAGGCUCUAGUGGAACCAUGCUCAGGUUAUAUACCGAUGAGAGCCCUGGAUUGAAGGUUGAUCCCAUGGUCAUCCUUUUCUUGAGUCUGGGUUUCAUCUUCAGCGUUGUUGCUUUACAUCUUAUUGCCAAAAUCACAAAGAGAUUCUCAUAGACUGAGAUGUAUCAUCUGGUGGCAUGUCGGAGGCAAAGACGGUGGCAUGAAAGACACAAAAAGCAUUGGUACUGGUUGGCACUGGGUUCUAGCAGGUUGCGUACGAUACUAUCUUCCAAACACCCAUCCGAUUACCCAACCCAGUUUCCUGUUGCUUCGACCCGGUCUCGAUUUCGUGCGUCGCGCCAAAGGAUUGUUUGCUUCUUUGUUUCCAAAAAAUACAGGGGGGAUUUAUUAUGCGACCUUCCCGACGCAAGCAUCUCCAUCCAUUCUGUCUCUCCAAAAGAGAACCAGAAGCACUCCAUCGUAUUUCUGCCAGUGGCGACAGCAGAUAGCGGCUGGCGCCUGUAAAAUCGCGGACAACAUGGUAUAAAUGUUAUUGUAGAAUCAUUGUGCAUGAUUUUGUGCAGG